CGUAGCAUUUUGAAGUGCGUGACUUCGUUUUAGGAUAAUUCUAUUCGCGUCACGCAUUUCAAUACUCAAUCCUAAAACGACCUCAACACCAUAGUAAUCCAUUCAAUCCAGAACCCCACAUCUUAGGCCCACAGCGAUCCCUUCAAUCCAAGCUAAUAGCUAUCGAACCGGACGAGGGCGAUUCGGGUCGAACAUGGAUCGGUUAUCGCCGGAUAACCUAAUACUCGUCAACCGCGAAUCAAACGGCGUCGCGGUGGUGACGAUUAAUCGUCCGGGUUCUCUGAACUCUCUGACCCGGCCGAUGAUAGUGGACCUGGCUCAGGCUUUCAAGAAACUGGACCAGGACGAGUCGAUGCGGGUUAUCAUAUUAACCGGAUCGGGUCGUUCAUUCUGUUCGGGCGUGGACUUGACCGCAGCGGAGGACGUGUUCAAGGGCGAUGUGAAGGACGCGGAGAGCGACCCGGUCAUACAAAUGGAACGAUGCCGCAAGCCUAUAAUCGGAGCAAUCAGAGGAUUCGCCGUCACUGCUGGGUUCGAGUUUGCCCUCGCUUGUGACAUCUUGAUUGCUGCAAAAGGAUCUAAGUUCAUAGACACUCAUGCUAGGUUUGGGAUAUUUCCUUCGUGGGGUUUGUCUCAGAAGCUUUCGCGCAUUAUAGGGGCAAAUAAAGCACGCGAGGUAUCUCUCACGGCCAUGCCUUUGACUGCAGAGGUAGCUGAAAGGUUGGGUUUUGUGAACCAUGUUGUUGAAGAGGGUGAACUGUUGAAGAAAAGCAGAGAAAUCGCAAAUGCCAUUGUGAAAAAUAAUCAAGACUUGGUAUUGAGGUAUAAGUCGGUCAUAAAUGAUGGCCUCAAGCUGGAUCUUGGCAGUGCUCUUUCCCUUGAAAAGGAGAGAGCUCAUGAUUAUUAUAACGGAAUGACGAAGGAACAAUUCAGGAAGAUGCAGGAAUUCAUAGCUGGUCGAAGUUCCAAGAAACAGUCCAAAUUAUAGGUUCUUUAUUUGCACUUAUCUCUCUUGGCUGUAAAAUUAUAUGUUGCUUCCCAAAGUUGAGGUUUUACGAUAACUAAUUCUUACAAAAUCCGCAAACAUUGUUUAUCAUACUGCAUUAUAACCGUGAUAAAAGUUCAUUUUCAUCAAAAUAAAUAU